UGUCUAUCUUCAGAUACAGGAUGACGGUUGCAGACAGAUGAUGAUAGACGACAUAGUGUUUAAUGUGUGCGAGUCCAUCGCGUCCACUGUUUGUGCUUUGAGGUUUGUGGGCAGACCCUUGCCGAGAUUAGACCUUUACCCGGCGCCUUGGCACCAGACGGGCAUCUCUCUGCUACUUCUGGGUUAACUUGUCAUUCAAGGCCAGAGCGAGAGAGAGAAAAGGAACGAUUUAUUUAUUUAUUUAUUUAUUUUGUUGCAGCGAGGCGGGAGCUGCGUCAGUCCCACGUUAAGCUGUGGAGGAGCCGGUGUCGGUGUCGGGGAGCGGAGCGGGGAGCGGCGGUGGCCAUGGUGUCCUGGAUGAUAUCCCGGCUGGUGGUGCUAAUAUUUGGCACGCUAUACCCUGCGUACUCUUCCUACAAGGCAGUCAAAACAAAAAAUGUUAAGGAAUAUGUGAAGUGGAUGAUGUACUGGAUUGUUUUUGCAUUUUUUACCACAGUGGAGACUCUCACCGAUAUCAUCCUAUCAUGGUUUCCAUUUUACUUUGAGCUGAAGAUGGCUUUUGUUAUUUGGUUACUGUCUCCAUAUACAAAGGGCUCCAGCGUUCUGUACAGAAAGUUUGUCCACCCGACCUUGUCCAGCAAAGAGAAGGAGAUUGAUGAGUACAUAAGCCAAGCCAAAGAUCGCAGCUAUCAGACCAUGAUGCGGUUUGGGAAACGUGGACUGAAUCUCGCUGCCAAUGUUGCAGUAACGGCUGCAGCCAAGGGACAAGGAGUGCUCUCAGACAGACUGCGGAGUUUCAGCAUGCAGGACCUCACCUUGCUCAGAGAUGAAGACUCAAUCCACCUUCACAGCACUGACCCCCAGAUGAGAACAUCCAGCAGCAAUAUUCUGGAAACCAUAAGUGAUUCCGACACACACCGGCUUCUUUCAGGUGAAGAUAUAGGAAAUACUCAAGCUCAGAAGUCAGAUGGAGAACAGCCAGAUGUGAAACUUGAACAAGCAGAUGAAGAAAUCAUGGAUAAAGUCCCAAAACGCACUCAGAGCCUUAAAAUCAAUAAACAAAAAUUGCAGCGUUUGGAGCCACAAUCAAAGAGUGUAAAGUUGCGUGCAAAGAAGAAGGCCAGCAGUCACACUGAGUCUGCAUGAAGCAGAUCCAGUGAGGAGGAAGCCAUACAGAGUGCCACAGCCUCAGUCUUUCACACAUUUGAGUCUUGCUUGAAGCUGAGAAACUGUGAAAGCAUAAAGGAGAAGCUGUACCUUGUAAAUAGGCGCUUUGGCCCUGUGUCAUUAGCAGGUCUGGGCAAUGCAGUCGUCACCACAGCACAGUAACAUUCAAGCUGUUGACCAAGUAAUCUUGCUCAGUGUUAUAUAAGCAUUUCAUCAAUAGUAUUCAAGAUGAAGUUCCACCAAAAUAUCGCCAAGGAAAUGUUGAGCUAUAUUUAGGUUUGCGCUCAUCACUAUUUUUCAUUGGAUUGUUUUUUUGGCUUUUUUGAAUCCCAAUUAGCUUUCCUUUAUGUUGAAUCUGAAACCAGAACAUCAGAAUAUAGUCAAUUCAUUUAAAUAGAAAUACAUUGAAUAAAUGCUUACAUUCCAAAUAGUUGGACAGUGUUUGCCUGGAUUUGGCAGUUGACCCACAGUCUACAGCUUGUGCCAAUUCAGUCUUCAGAUCAACCAAAUAGCUGUGGUUUACCUCCACUUGCAUUGACAAUAGACAAUAGACAAUAGGUGCAGGAGUAGGCUCAUCGGCCCUUCGAGCUGCAGACACGGUCAGUUUGGCUGAGGUGCCUUGUGAUGUGACUACAAUUUUCAGCAAUCAGGAAAUCUUGUAUAAACUAAAGAUGUGAAAAUUAUGUUUUAAAGCUUGGUAUGUAUUCAAAUCUUAGUUCUGUUCCCUAAAUAUUCACCAACUAUCACGGAAAAUAAAGGAAAUAUAUUUUAUGAAUUAAUUAGAUUUUGAGAAUGUAUUGGCAACUUUAGAUGUCAACUGGUAGCAUGUUCACUGUGUUCAGAGACAAAAAC